AGAGAGGUGAAGCAAAGUUGGUGGCAAAGGUAACAAUCGCUUGCUAGUUCUUUGCAUCAUUUACUCAUGAUCUACGUCAUUUUGUCUGUCCCCUCUCCAGGUCUUCAGGUUAUCUUCCCAGAGUAUCUGCAGGAGAAGUUUGUCCAGUCGGCUCUCAGCUACAUCAUGUGCAAUGGCGAGGGCGAGUACACCUGCCGGAACAACCAGUGCAUCUGCCAGUGUGACGAGGAGUACCCACAAUGCAACUGCCCCAUCACGGACAUCCAGAUCAUGGAGAACACGCUGCAUGGAAUGGGCGAGUCCUGGGGGACCUCCUACAAGGACUUUGAGAACUCUGAUGAGUUCAAGUCCUUCCUGAAGAGGCUGCCCUCCACUCACUUCCUGCCCGUCAGCAGCGUGCACCUUCUGUGGGGCAGCGACUGGGACCUGCAGGCCCGCUACCGCCUCCUCCAGAGCUCCCUGGAGGUCCAGAGGCUGAAGAUCCAGCGCACCGCCCGCAAGCUCUUUGGCCUGAGCAUCCGCUGUCACCACAACCCCAACCACCAGAUGCCUAGGGAGAGGUCUGUGAUGCAGUGGCUGAACCGGGUUCAGUCCUUCCUCUACUGCAACGAGAACGGCUUCUGGGGCACCUUCCUGGAGAGCCAGCGGAUGUGCGUGUGCCACACGGGCAUCACUCUCUGCCAGCGGCCCAUCCCCUGCGUGAUCGGCGGCAACAACAGCUGCGCCAUGUGCAGCCUGGCCAACAUCUCCCAGUGCGGCUCGUGCAACAAGGGCUACAAGCUGUACCGCGGCCGCUGCGAGCCGCAGAACGUGGACUCGGAGCGCAGCGAGCAGUUCAUCAGCUUCGAGACGGACCUGGACUUCCAGGACCUGGAGCUCAAGUACCUGCUGCAGAAGAUGGACUCGCGCCUCUACAUCCACACCACCUUCAUCAGCAACGAGAUCCGCCUGGAGACCUUCUUCGACCCGCGCUGGCGCAAGCGCAUGUCCCUGACGCUGAAGAGCAACAAGAACCGCAUGGACUACCUGCACAUGAUCAUCGGCCUGUCCAUGAAGAUCUGCCAGAUGCGCAACAGCAGCAUCGACCCCAUGUUCUUCGUCUACGUCAACCCGUUCAGCGGCAGCCACUCGGAGGGCUGGAGCAUGCCGUUCGGCGAGCACGGCUACCCGCGCUGGGAGAAGGUGCGCCUGGCCAACUCGCAGUGCUUCAACUGGACCCUGCUGCUGGGCAACCGGUGGAAGACCUUCUUCGAGACGGUGCACAUCUACCUGCGCAGCCGCGCCAAGAUCCCCACGGGCCUGCGCAACGACACGGGCCAGGGCCCCGUGGACCUGGCGGACCCCAACAAGCGGCAGAUCUACAUCAAGAUCUCCGACAUCCAGGUGUUUGGGUACAGCCUGCGCUUCAACGCUGACCUGCUCCGCAGCGCCGUGCAGCAGGUGAACCAGUCGUACACGCAGGGCACCCAGUUCUACUCGUCGUCGUCCGUCAUGCUCCUGCUGCUGGAUAUCAGGGAUCGGAUUAACCGCCUGGCCCCGCCCGUGGCCCCCGGGAAGCCCCAGCUGGAUCUGUUUUCGUGUAUGCUGAAGCACCGGCUCAAGCUGAACAAUAGCGAGAUGAUCCGCGUGAACCAUGCGCUGGACAUGUACAACACGGAGAUACUGAAACAAUCGGAUCACCUGACUACUAAACUCUGCUGAGGUCAGCGCGAUGCGGAGAGGUGGGAGAGUGUGGGAGAACGACGGCGGUGGAGGGUGGAAGAGGGGGCGAGCGAGAGGCAAACCUCGCGGAACAGUAAACCGCACUGUAUGUUGGGGAGGGGGGGCGGGGGGGUAUUAAUCGUGACCCGGAUUUCACUUUUUGUUUUUGGUUUUCGUUUCGGACGCUUUUUGUUCUGCCUUUCGAUGUUAUAUUAACAACUUUGUAAGUGUAAUUGUUAAAAGCGGAAGAACGGAUUCGCUUGCUGUCGGAGAGUCUUUUUUCGGGGGCCGAUGAAGAUUUGAUUGAUUGAUUGAGACCACUUUAAAGACUGUAUCAUAUUUGUCCCAGCAUGUCUGUCAUUCCCAAAAAGAAUAUGGAGAGAAAAAAGCGAAAAAAAAAACUAAUAAGUGAAAAAAAACGACAACGAAAAUAAAUACAUCUUUUGGUGAAAAAGAGGCCUUGUUUUAA